AUGGAUAUGGUUCAAGUGCAAUGCAACAAGGGUGGAUCAUCAUCAGUCACAACCAAGGCUCAUGCAAAGCGAAGCCGGCAUGGGUUUAGCCGGAAAUGUGCUGCCUUGGUGAAGGAGCAACGUGCUCGUAUUUACAUCUUGCGCCGCUGUGCCACCAUGCUUCUUUGCUGGUACAUUCAAGGAGAUGACUAG